AUGUCGGCGUUCGAGAAGCUCGUAAGAAAGCGGGCGUACAUAAAAGGGCGCGUUACUUCCAUAAACCGAUGGAUCCAAACGUGCGUCAUUUCCGAAUCAACGAAACACGAGAUCGAUACGUUUUUAAGCGCACUGGAUCGACAUCUCAAGGAUUUCUCGCAGAUACAGGACCAAAUCGACGAACAAGAUGGCUUAUCUGCCGACGAGCAACAGAAGGAACGGGGCGAUUUCGAAGACGGCCAUCUUAAGACCGAGUCGUCCCUCCGCUUGUUGCAAGCACGAACUCGAGCGGCGCAACAGGCGACCGCAGCCGCAGCGCCAUCCAACGCCGCGCAACGAAGCGAGUCAUCAAACACACCGACGACUGCAUCUGUCAAACUUCCCGAGAUCAAACUAACCCCAUUCGACGGUGAAUGGGAGAACUGGUUGACUUUCAAGAAUAUUUUUACGGAGCUUAUCCAAAACAAUGUGCGAUUGAACGACACACAGCGGUUCUAUUACUUAAAGUCAUACAUAACACAAGAAGACUCCGCAUCAUCCUUGCAGACUCUGAUUGACGGAGUGCGGCGAAACUAUCAUGCCUUGAGGGCUCUCAAGCAACCGGUUGACAAGUGGGAUGCGUUUCUCACGUAUCAUAUUACGACUAAACUCGAUGCAGCGUCAAGGAAGGAGAUCGAAUCAAAGGCUCCGACCGACAGAAUACAAACCUUCGAGGAAAUCAUGACAGUGCUAGAAGAACGAGUGCGCGUGUUAGAGGCAAUUGCGACAAGUGCGCGCGCGAAACCGGAAAGGUCCAGUAAGGCCUUUGUAGCUACAUCAAAGGUUACGUGUGGCAUCUGUCAAGCGGAACAUUCAGUGUUCAAGUGCAAAAAGCUAACGGACCUGCCGGUAAAUCAAAGAAUAACGGCAGCGCGUAAAUUAAAUCUCUGCAUUAAUUGUUUAGGCAGUUCACAUCGUGCGAUAGAUUGCAAAUCCGGAGGCUGCCGAAUCUGUCAAAGGCGACAUCACACGCUGCUCCAUUUGAAGACAAACGCGCUCGAGUCUCCGACACAGCCAAACGCGAUCGACACAAAGGAUGCCUCGUCUAACGGAAGUAAACAAGAAGCUAACGUGAGCUCAUCGACAACGACUUGCAAUUUGAAUGUUCGUUCGGAACCUAAAGUCAAGCAAGUAUUACUAGCUACUGCGAUAAUCAAAAUUUAUGAUUCUAGUGGACAGGAGCAUCUAGCUCGAGCACUCCUUGACGAGUGCUCUCAAAACAGCUUUUUAACUACACGCAUGUAUCAAACGUUGCAAUUGAAGGGAAGAAGGGUUAACCUUCAA